UCUGUUCCAUUUUUUAACAAAGUAAUGUUUAAAUGUUAUAAUCUUAUCACGUAUCGCGAAUCGAUUUCGUACAGUACAUAAAGGGUAGCGUGGCAGAAUCGAGAAUCACUAUUCACUGAUCAUCAGUCGUGGGAAGUCUACUAUUUGCAAGAUGAAAUUCGCUAUGUCAGUACUGGCUGUUCUGGCCCUGGCCGGUUCCCUGCACGCCGUGCACGUCACAGUUCCAAGCACAGGCUCAGGUGCACUCGCCAAGGAAUUGCAGGACUUCAUGGACCUAAUACCAGUGGAUCGCGUGAUGGCGGUUCUCAGAGGCUACGCAGCCCAAGACAAGGAAUUCCAAACCAUGAUGAAGCUUGUUGACUCCAAGGAAACUGUAUUCUACGUUAAAGAGAUGCAAGUCCACCCUGCGGCAAAGAAACUGCUGAACUACAUGCAGAAUGCUGGUUUCGACGUCUAUUUAGUAGUAAACAAACUGAACGCGGCACUUGGAAUUAAACGUAUCGCUCCUUUUGCUUCCCACAAGAUCACAGGUGGAUUUCUUGGUUUAAUGAUAGACCUCGCGAAUGAAUUACCACUUAAGCAGUUGAGUAAUUUGAAGAAAAGCAAAAUGGUGAAAUCCCCAGUAUUUGCCGCUUUCGUUAAGGAAAUAACGUCUCCUACAUACCACGAGUUGUAUAACCUCGUUCACACAAACAAACACGUGGUAAACAUCGCGCAACAGGCCAAACAGGCUGGCAUCCAUAGUAUUCCAAUAAAACAGUACUACAUGCACUUUAUUGUCGCCAGACAAAUUCUGAAACUACACCCGUAACUUUUUAACUGUAUUUUGGGAUUUCUAUAAUGUUAAUAUAUAUAAAAUGAAGUAAUAAAUAUUUAAUUGAACAUGUA